AAUUUUUCUACCAAGACAAAUGCUUUCAAAAUGUCGAAGCGCUGGAAGGCGUUUGACUAUGUUCUCAAGCCCAAGGAUCAACAACAGAGCUCUUUUUACAGCACUUUCCUCUCACCGUAUAUCGAACUCAGUAAAAAUGAGAUCUCUGCUAAACAUUGGGCUGAGGACGUUUUGAUCUGCUACUUACAAGCCCCAAAAUUUAUCAAGAGAGAAAGUAGAAUUAUUACGGAUCCUCCAGAUGAAUCAUGAGAAGGAUCCUAGUAACUUCAGAACUGCUUACAAAUACUUCAAAGAACUAAACAGAGUUGGUAUGCAUCAAAGUGUGAUCCGUCUCUACCAUAAGUAUGAAUACGAAGAGAAAGACAAGAAGAUUCUUCUUGAAUACGAAUACGCUGUUGAUCACAUAGACCAUAUUAAAGGAAUGGUAAUGUCUUCUCAGUUGAAUUCUGAAAGCGAGGAUAAGUCCAGACCACAAUCUGUAGGUAAGUACAUCUUCAAGAAGACAAUGCAGUUCUUGUUGAGAUGUUCUUACUUAUUCAUGCUGGUUUUCCUAAUGACCAUGAUUGUGAAGAAUGUGACAUCCAAAUCUCUGCUUGAUAUGUACAACUUUGAGAUCAAAAAGGCAGAAAAUAUCAGUCAAAGACUUGAUGAUGUCAAAGGAAUCGACGAGAUUAAAGAGGAGGUAGAAAAUGUUAUCAAAAUGGUUAAAAACCCACAGAAAUAUAUUGAAUGUGGAGCAAAGCUCCAUAAAGGAAUCCUAUUGUUUGGCCAACCAGGAACUGGAAAGACUCUUUUAGCUAGAGCAAUUGCUGGAGAAGCCGCUACUAAUUUUAUUUUCUGUACUGGUUCAGACUUUGACGAAAUGUUUGUAGGUGUUGGAGCAAAGAGAGUCAGAGAGCUCUUUGAGAAAGCCAAAAAGAACACCCCUUGCAUCAUAUUUAUUGAUGAAAUUGACUCCUUACUUAGUAAAAGUAGAAGAUUUGGAACUGAAGGCUCCUCAAGUAGAGCAACUAUUAACCAACUUUUGGCUGAAAUGGAUGGAUUUGAAGUCAACGAUAAUGUCUUAGUAAUCGGUGCUACAAACCACGAAGACAUCCUUGAUCCAGCUGCAGUAAGGCCAGGAAGAUUUGAUAAAAAGAUCCAUGUACCUCAGCCCGAUGUAAACGGGAGGACUGAUAUUUUUAAGUUCUUCUUGAACAAAAUUCCUGUUAAUAAAGAAAUAACUGCCAGGAAUCUUGCUCAGAUGACUCCAGGGUUUACUGGAGCAGAAAUUGAAAAUCUAGUAAAUACUGCCAUCUCUGAAGCUGUUCAUAACAAUAAAGAUGAAGCUGAUAAAACUGAUUUUGAAUAUGCAAGAGAUAGAAUUAUGAUGGGAAUCGAAAGAAAAAAACUUUCAAUGACUGAGAAGGAUCGACUAAACACAGCCAUCCAUGAGUCUGGCCAUGCUAUUGCAUGAUACUUCACCCCAGGAGCUAGGAAGCUCUAUAAGGCCACGAUUGUAGCAAGAGGAGGUGCCCUCGGAGCUACCUUUAUGAUCCCUGAUGAGAAUGAAAUGCAUGGUAUGACCAAAGAGAAUGUUCUUGCUCAUAUAGAUGUCGCAAUGGGUGGCCAUGUUGCAGAACGGAUCUUCUUAGGAAAGAAAAGCAUUACCAGUGGCUGCGGUAGCGAUCUCAAGGGAGCAACAGACAUUGCUUACCAAGCAGUCAGAAAAUUUGGUAUGUUUGGCGAUGAAGUUGGAUAUAUCGACUCAUCAAAAGAUGAUGCAUCUGAGAAAUACAAUUCAAUGAUUGAUAAAGCAGUCAAGAAAAUUUUGGAUGAGUCGUAUGAUCGUGUUGUCAAACUUCUUCAAAGCAGAGAAAAAGAGAUUAGAGAACUCUCCAAGAACUUAUACUGGUUUGACUACCUGGAUGCUGAAGAGAUGGAUUCAAUUAUCAGAGGAAAGAAGUUAAACAAACAGAAAGUACGUAAUUGGGAAGGCAAAUCCCAUGCAUUCAAAUUCUAA